AGUUCGGGUAAAGUGGAGCGUGUGGUCGUGUUUUUGUUUUACGAAAUACGAUCGUUCUUAUAACGAUGUCGUAAAAUGUUUAAAUGUACGAUUUUAUUUGUAGAAAGGAUAACGAACUCGAGUUACGUUCUUGGUGACAGUGUGUUGCUGAAAUGAUGUGAUAAUUUGGUUUUCAUAAGAAAUAGUGAACAUCAUGGCCAAGUACUAUGUUUCAGUACUGCUAGUGCGGAUAGUGCUGCCUGUCUCUCUCCUGCUUUGUAUAGCACUCCGACCGUUUGGCCUCUCGGUAUUAUAUCUACUACUGUUUUUCUUAGCACCGUUAACACCAGUACCAGAUAGUCGAACAUUUAAAGGAUGGAGCGGCAAAUUUUUGCUCAUCAAUGUGGUGCUAUCAUUUCUGAUGCUACUAAUGCAUGUGGCAUGGCACACGUUACUAGCAUCGGUGGGGUCUUACGGGUCUAUACUCGUUCAGUACCCCAUGAUCAACGUCUUAGGCCACAAUUUGGGUUUCGUGUCCUACUCCUCAAUAGACCCACUUAUGGCCGUCCAUUACAUGCUUCCCGAGAUCAUAAUGACCUCAGUUUCGCUGCUAGUUUAUAUGGUAGUGAAAAGAUUGCUUACAGGCCCGGGAGUGGCAGAAAUAAAGAAAAGUGAUUCUAAAUAUCAGGAGUAUCCACUUGUAACAAGUGCUGGGAAAUAUUUGUGUUUGAUCCUGAUAAUGGUUUCGGGGAUAAUGCGUCCGAGCAUCACCUCUGGGAUAUACUACCUGGUGUUUAUGGGAUCAGCUACAGCGUGGGCCCUGGGCCGGCCGCUCAGCCGCGGCUUCGCAGUCGUGUGCCGCUGCGUCAUGGCCAUCAUGGCUGUCCACGUCACUGUUCUAUUGAUAUAUCAGUACUCCUAUUUAACAACCCUAUACGCACCAGAUAAGGAGUUUGCCAGGUACUUCGGACUGACAAAAUUGGUAAUAAUCAACGAUACAAAUCCAUCACUUUUCACUUAUGAAGUGACAGAUGACCACAUGUGGGGUACGUUAGUGAGCCCUUUUGUCAUUCUGGUCACUUAUUUCAUUCUGGCGAUUGAGACCCGACAACUUUUCAAACCAAAGGCGAAAAGAAAGAGUGCUCUAUCCGGCUUGGAAGAGGGCAAGGUGAACGGUUCUCUGGUGCGCGGCAUAUCCUUCCACCGCGGCAGUCGGAGAGCCGCCAGGGACAAGUGGAAGAAUGCCACUAAAAAAGUUCGACUAAUACGGGUAAACUCGUCGAAAUGGUCGAGUCAACAGGCGAAUGCGAGGCAGAUGCGCCAGGACUCCACGGGCUCUGUGGUUCUUCACGAAGAUGAGUCAACAGUUGAGGAAAGCGAACCCACCUUGAUGGAUGACAUCCUAACAGCUAUCAUCGACUUCUUCCAAGUUCUAGUCAGGUCAUCAUACAUCGCAACUACAAUCACGAUGAUGGCUUGGAGUAUAAUGUUCCAUUCCUGGCUUACAUUCGUGUUCCUAAUGUGGGCGAACAUCGUGUGGCUGUGUCAGGAUGGACGGGGGUUCAUGUUGAAGACCAGUCCCGUGCUCGUGGUGUACGCCAUGCUGCUUCUCAUAGCACAGUACAUAUACGGCAUGAAUCUGUACGAGUCGGAGCUGCCUAGUAAUAUUACGGAAGUGAAUCUCCGUCAGAUAGGCCUAGGCCGUGUCGAAGGGGGCGAAACAUGCGUGCCCUUGCUGAUCAAGUCUCUAUUCACGUGCAUGUUCUGGGUAACACUGCGCCAACGCAUACAAGAUAUCAGACAGCGUCGCCAGUCCGCUGUAAUUGCAGACAUGGCCGCCCCUCUUCAACUGACAGCUUCUACAGCAGCCAGCGUUAUAGAUGCAAGACGCGACGAAGAGAAUCGUUCGCGGUUGAUGCGGUCCCUGGGAGAGAUACUCCGUGCUUUGUGCGCGAGAUACUGGAUUUACGUCGUAGUCAUCAUGUUGUUUGUCAUCGGCGUCACUGGAGAGCGCAUGACUAUCUUCAGGAUCAUUUAUAUGUUCCUCUUCUUGGCGUUCAUACUUAUGUUCCAGAUAAGUUGGUACUGGUGGCGAAAAACAAUGUACAUGUUUUGGAUAGUGGUGAUCGUGUACUCGAUGAUAAAUCUUAUUCUAAUUUAUGUCUAUCAGUUCGAUAACUUUUCCAAGUUGAUAGAAAAAUAUUUGUUGAUCAACGAAAGUUUACAACAAGACUUAGGUUUGGAGCCGUACGAUCCCGCGGAUCUAUUCGUCAAAUUACUAACGCCAACAUUGUUCCUUAUAAUUACAAUUAUGCAAGUUCAUUAUUUCCAUAAGGACUUUAUGGCGUUGUCGGAUCAGAAGACUAGGUCGAAUAGUUUGACACCUAAUCAACCAGAUUCCAAUAAGCCAAGUCAAGAUGGUGCUUCCACACUAAAUAAUGACGUGCCUCCAUUGCCAUCUGAGGACGCAAACGCACGUUCACUAGCCGCCACUGAGGCAGACCAAUCCAUCGAGCUCUCUUCUUUGACCACUGGACUCCGGCGGCAAUCUGUGGCUAGGAAAUCGACAUCUCGAACGAUGAUGCGAUCGCCGGCGACGGAGAAACGUUCCACGGGACUGUUGUCUGUCGUCAAACGCGCCUACCACGCGUCCAAGCAAACCGCGCAAGAAGUUAUCGAUAGAUUGUUCAUAUAUCUCGAUAUACAUCUCAUCAAGAUCGUCUUCAUUUCCUUGAUGCUGCUUUGCGUUAUGAAUGUAUGCGCGAUGCAUGUUCCAAUAAUGUUAAUGAUCGCGCCUGCUUUGUGGUUCAAUGCGGGCAAACAGCGCGUUUGUGUGCUCUUCAUAUCCACACUUAUAAGUAUCUACUUCAUGGCCAAGAUGGUGUACCAAAUAGAUUACAUCAAACAUUAUAGCUUCGAUGUCAAUUGUUCCUCUUCAUUCCCUGAUGAAAAUAGAACAUCAAAUUAUUCAUCAUUCAACAAUGCGGAAUGGUUAGGUUUUAAAAAAGCCACGCCCGAAAAACCUCUGGUGACUGUUCUCAAAGGAUACAUCGGCCUUCUAUCAAUCUUCACAUUUUAUUCUCUUGUCACAUAUAGGCAACAAUCUCUUAAAGCAUCAGGAGAAUUGCCCAAAGAAAGGAUCAAAACAAUAUUCCCUGAAGUCACGCGCAAGGAAGCAGACGAUGAUUUAGUUCAGUGCAUGAAAUAUUUACUUAAUUAUGGAUUUUAUAAGUUUGGUGUAGAAAUUACAAUGAUAUGCCUAAUGGGAGUCAUAGGGUCUCGUAUGGACGUCUACGCAGUGUUAUACGCGGGCUGGCUCUUAGUACUGGUGUCUAUCGGCCGUACGGCACAGUCCCGGCUUUGGCCAGCUUUCACUGCCUGCAUUACCUUCUUAGUACCUGUACAGUAUAUGAUAGCCGUGGGAUUCUUGCCGCAAUUCUGCGUCACGUACCCUUGGGAUUCUGAUGAUACGCAAAUGAAACACGUCCGUUCAUGGAUGUUCCUGCCUUACGCCGAGCAGCCUCCUCACGCAUACAAAUUGAUCUUCGAUUUCUUCUUAUUACUGUUCGCGACACGCCAAUUGAAAGUAUUCCGUACUGAAAAGAUUCAUGGCGAUCAGUAUCCCGGGGGUUGCAAUAGCGAGAAAAUUGGCAGUGAUUGGGAGACUCCAAACUUUAGGAACCCAGUGCCUGAUUUCCUUGGUUAUGUUGGGUCUUGGCUUGACGUGGUGAAACGCAUGGUGUUCUUAGGCAUGCUAUGGGUGACGCUCGCCAUUAUGUUCAUGACGGGCACCAACCGAGUCAACCUGUUCUCUAUGGGGUACCUUGUCGGAUCCUUUAUAUUCUUGUGGCAAGGAACCGACUUCUAUUUGCGUCCUAAAGAAGCCAUAUUGAAAUGGUGGUCAUGGCUAGUCCGCUACAACGUGUCAGUGGUAGUCGUGAAGACACUACUACAGAUCCCGGGCUGUAUGUUCAGCACAGUGAUGCAGGAGCACGCGUGUUGGCUGGUCCAACUCCUCGGCAUCGGCUGUGUCGACAAGUUCGCGGGCGGCAAUAUCGCGAGGUUCAUUAAGAUGCAAUAUACUAAAGAAGCAGCGUGUUCCGUUCCUCAAGAGGAUAUAGGGCUGGCGUGGGACGGCGUUUGUUUUGCUUUCCUCAUACUACAGCGAAGACUAUUCCACAGCUACUACUUUUACAGAGUCAUAGACGAAAGCAAAGCCACCACGGUACUUGCUUCCAGGGGCGCAGAGUUGAUAGAAGAACUUCGUCAGAAACAAAUGAAAGUCCAGGAGGACCAAGAAACGAGAAUCCUUGAGAAAAUAAAAGUUAAAAUGGAGAGGAUUAAGGCAAACCAGAAGAAAAUACAAGGGGCUCUGGCUAGGGAACCAAUACAUCAUGAUAGAGGAGUAGAAUCAGGUUCGGAUGCACAGGCUAAACGCCGCGUGUUCGCAAAUAGACACGAAGUGCGGGACAGACCGACAUAUAGGCCGCCAGCAAGCCAUCAGAAGGCGAUCCGCUCCGGGGACUAUUACAUGUUUGAUGAGUUUGACGAUACGGAUAUUCAUAUGAAAGAUGAUGAAUCUAGUUCAGAUGAAGAUGCACCUAGAGAAAUGGGAUUCGGCAAGCUGCUGUCCACGCUGAUCAAGACGGACAUGAAGCGCGCCGUGACGCUGCGCCGCGCCUCCGCGCCCAACGUGCGCACCACGCGCCACGUGUCGCUCGCCAGCGACCCCGUCUCCUACCCGCAGCUUCCUCGCAAGGCGUCAAUGCAGAUGCAGCCUGAUGCUCCGCUAACGGAGCAGGACCAAGAGGGGCCGUUGACCGAGAUGGACGAAUUUGCACCAUUACCGGUACACGAGGAGACUACGAUGGACAAAGUAAAGCAGUUCGGUGAGACGGCGUGGGCGUUCAUAUCGAGCUUACUCGUGUCGCUCACACGACACUUGAUGAAGUUCUCACGAGAUUAUCGAUAUGUAUCUAAAACGCUGUCCAUUGAGAAGAAAAUACUGAAGGAGAAAGAAGGCUUCGGCAUCGGAAUAAGAGAAGGAUCGCAGAUGAUAUGGGAACCACUGCCCGAAACCUUAGCGAAACACAACAACGUGACAACGCUUGAGGAGCAAGACGACUCGAUGUUCAAACAGGAUCGCUCGCCCUUCGUGCACCUUGGUUACGCGCUGUGGUAUGCAGUAUUAGCACAUACGGAUAUAGUGUGCUAUGUCAUGGUGUUUAUUAAUCAGAUACAAUCGGCAACAAUACUGUCGAUACCUCUUCCGCUUAUGGUGUUUAUGUGGGGUACCCUCACCAUACCGAGACCUACCAAGACGUUCUGGGUUACCUUAAUUGCAUAUACCGAGGUGAUUGUCCUUAUAAAGAGCAUGUUCCAAUUCGAGAUUCUACCUUGGAAUCAGAAAGUGAUACCCGCAAACAUGCCGUUCACGGCCCCCCGUAUCAUCGGAAUAGAGAGGAAAUUCAAUUACGCUCUCUACGAUCUACUUUUGCUACUCAUCAUCUUUUUGCAUAGGUUCAUGUUGAAAUCACUAGGUCUCUGGAAGGAAUCGACGCCAGACAUCGAGUUGCGAGAAGACAUGGAGUACCCACUGAACGAGGAGGAUACUCAGUUAGUCGCUGAAGGUCAUAUUACUGAAGUAGGACGCAAGUACGUCAAGCUACACGACAUGACGGGCCCGCCUGAAGCCCCGCAAGCAGAGAGCAGUCCUCGCCGCGGUGCAGGUUACGACAGCCCGGGGCCACCCGGCUCGGAGUUCGACGACAACGAGGCAGGGCCCUCCAAAGCGCCGGACGACGAUCACUACAAUGUGAACGACGAUAAGGAACCUAUAAUAGCGGUGUCCACGACAUUGGAGAACUCGUACAAGCAUUACCCAGAAGUGAUGCUUUUGUCAAUAAAGCGUUACCUCCGUCCGAUGCACCUGUUCUUCGAGCGCAUGUUGGCGCCGGGAGCGAGAGUGACGGCCGACAUCUACGCUUACAUGUUCCUCUGCGAUUUCUUCAACUUCCUCGUUGUUAUAUUUGGAUUUGCCGCGUUUGGAACGCACCAAGGCGACGGCGGUGUACAAGCGUACUUAGAAGAGAACAAAGUCCCGAUUCCUUUCCUCGUGAUGUUGAUCCUACAAUUCGCGCUGAUCGUCAUCGACCGAGCGCUGUACUUGCGCAAGUUCAUGUUGGGCAAGAUUCUGUUCCAGUACGCGCUUAUUAUAGGCGUGCAUAUAUGGAUGUUCUUUGUACUGCCGUUUAUUACUGAGAGGACAUUCAACGCUCUCCUACCGCCGCCGAUGUGGUACAUGUUGAAGUGUAUCUACUUGCUGCUGUCGGCGUAUCAGAUCCGCUGCGGCUACCCGCGCCGCAUCAUCGGCAACUUCCUCUGCAAGUCCUACCACUUCCUCAACAUGGUCUUCUUUAGAGGCUUCAUGGCAAUACCGUUCCUAUUUGAGCUGCGAACUCUAAUGGACUGGAUAUGGACCGACACUUCAAUGAACCUCAUGGAUUGGCUCAAAAUGGAGGAUAUUUUCGCCAGCGUUUUCUUACUAAAGUGUUCCCGAUACUUAGAGGACGAGUUCCCGCAGCCCCGCGGCUCUAAGAAGUCCAACUCCUCUAAGUAUAUACUGGGCGGCGGCGUACUCGCCUUCGUCAUCGCCAUCAUUUGGUUCCCCCUCGUCUUCUUCGCAUUUGGAAACUCUGUCGGUCAACCCAAUCCACCGACUGAUGUCACAGUUAAGAUCCGCAUUGGACCGUUCCUUCCUGUUUACCAAAUGUCUGCUCAAUCACACAAUAUCGAUGUUUUCACGGAACAAGACUACACGCAGCUGAGCAACAUGUACGCCCGCGACCGCACGGCGCAGACGUUCCUGUCCAACUACAUGUACAACGACGUCGCCGUCAUCACCAUCAACCCCAACUCCACGCUCAAGUGGGAGAUCUCGCCGCCUGAGCUCGACCGACUCAAGAGAGAAGCCGCUUCUAAUGCAACAUUAAUGGUGAAGUUCACAUACGUGAUCACUCACCCGACGAACGCGGUCCCGAACCCACCGACUAUAGAGGACGACCGCGAAGUGCCGCUCAAGGCGUUCGAGGACGGCGUACCCAACCCUGAGAGAGAAACACUAAGGAAACUGCUGGACGGGACGUCGGGACCAGAUACAUGGUUAAACGUGAAGGAUUUGUUCCCGAAGUUUUUGAAAGUAUUCAACAAAGGCACAACUAAACCGGCGUACCAGCUAAUACCGAGGUCAAUAGAUGAAGAUGAGAACUUAGAAGAAGAAGAGGAUGAAAUUGUAUACAGAGACGUUUUAAUGCGAUUGGAGAGAGAUAAUGAAAAGGAUGUCAUGUACUGGCGUGUUCGAGAGUCCUGUGGUCCCCGGGAUCCCUUGUUGUCGAUACCGCUUAACAACUGCGAUAUGCUCGUGAUGUACACCUUUAACGACAAACUGUUCCCAGAGACGCUAAACUUUAUAUCUGGCAGUGGUAUCAUCGGACUAUACACCACAUUCGUAUUCCUGGCGUCCCGUGUUCUCCGAGGGUUCUUCUCAGGCAUUUACACUAGAAUCAUGUUCGAUGACUUGCCGAACGCUGAUAGAGUGCUACAACUCUGUCUUGACAUUUAUCUGGUUCGAGAAGCACUCGAACUGGCCUUGGAAGAAGAUCUAUUUGCUAAAUUAGUGUUCCUGUACCGAUCACCUGAAACUAUGAUCAAGUGGAGUCGGCCGAAGGAAGAGGAGAACAUAGAACAACGGGCACUGCCGCCCUCUCGCUGAAGCGGCGUCAUACCAAUUCUGAGAACUAUUUACGACGAUUCGUCUACUUCUUAAUAGAUCAAGCCUGAAGCUAAAGCAUCUGAAAUCAUGACAUCAGAAGUGUCAUAGCAUACAUGGACACGUUUGUAUAGUUUUUUGUAAGUAUGUAGCUUUAUUUUUUAUACUCCAGUACAUCUGCCAAUUUGUAUGCUUUUAUUAUGCAGAUAAUUAUGUAUCAUUAACAGUUCAAUUAAUUAUUUUACAAAUCAUGAAUGUAAUAUGAAAAUUAGGAGGCGUUAAGUACGAGGUUUUAGCUGAAUAUUUUGUGGUUUAGUCCUGACUUGACGUCCAUAGUGUAUAAUUAUGUAUUUAUAAUUUAAUUGUGAGAAUGCAUACACUAUGCAAACCAUUACAUCGAUCAUAGAUACGUAAGUUGUACAGUAAAAUAGUUAUAAUUUAAGAAUAAUUUAUGGUGCAUAUUUUAUAAAUUCAAUUCAGAAGUUUCUAAAUUUACGAUAUCUGCAAUCUUGUUCCUACAUUUUAAUGAUGUCAUCUUCACAAAUAAAUUUAUUUUGUUGACGUCAAUCAAACAAAAUAAUAAUCUUCACUGUGAAUAAUGUCCAUAAUAUUCAUGAAUUUUUGCACCUUUAACUAAAGCGCACAAACAAGAAGUAGUAUAUAUUAUGUACUUAAAAAUUUAAUUUGUGCAUUCCUAGAAUAUAAAUAUUAAAAGCUCUCUUUUUAAUUUCAUAUUGCGAGCUCAUAGUUACCUUCUUAUUGUUAUUUUAGGUACUCUUUAGAAUAAUACCUGUUGUUCUUGUAAUGUCUUUCAUUCUUGUUCGAAAGUUACCAGUAAAGUACUUGCAUUGUACUAUAAAAUGUGUUAUGUGCAAUAUUUAAAAGGAAUUAAGUAAAUUAUUGUUUAUCAGCACACACACUCCUAUGUAGGUAUUUUUUAUAUAAUUUACUUAUUCAUUCAAACACAGAUUUAUUUAUACCUCAAUUUUUAAACCUUAUUGUUGCAUUUGAUAUUACUUAAAUAAAUUAUUGGAGUAAGAGAAUUAUUAUACAUAUUGUACACUUUUGUAUUGUGGUUGUUGUGUUUAAGCUGCAUUUAAUGUUGUCGAUUUGUGAUAAUAAAAGUCAUAUGAAAUGUU